CACAUACAUACAGAUACAUGUACAUACACAAAAAUACACACGCACAGACACAUGUACAUACGCACAGACACAUGUACACACAUACAUGCAGACACAUGUACAGAUACACACACACACACCCUUAUAAAAAGUUGCAGUACUUCGUUGUGCACUCACAGAGCCGGGUACUGCACUGUAGUGGGAGGCAGAGAGCACAGCACACACUCCUUCCUUUGCUUUCACUGCGCUCAGCUAUUGAGCAGUCUGACAGCUCCCAGUGCCAAUGACAGAUCCGGCCUGAGCUC